AUGGACGUGUCAUCUUUGAUCGGCAAGAAUGAUGAAGCUCAAAAUGAAGAAGUCACAUUUGACGAUGCUGCUCUCGGUUUUUCCAUCGACACUGUCUCCAGCACAGUACUGCAAAGCCUUUUGAGGUCCAUUUGCGAGACAAUACCGGAAGCGAAAAAGAAGGCCAUUGAGCAUCUGCUCGUCGAAAAGAGCCAAGUUCCGACUCCACCAGGCUCUAAAAGAGACCACGAUGCCUACAAAGGCACAACAGAUGCAUCGGGCCAACAACUUGGGUGCAGGAGGCCGAAAUAUUCACAUUGCGAGACCUGCAAAAAGGAGUUUAAUACUCUGACGAACAACUCGUCAGCUUGUCGAUAUCAUAUUGAGGACGCAUAUGCGGACGAAGACUCCCACUUGUUUGUGGAUAAUGAUUUCUUCGGGCCCCAGGAAGCGGACUCUAACGACGAUCUGAAGAAGGAUCAUCCAGAUUGCUUUAUAUUUGAAUGCUGUGGGGACAGUUUGAAGGAUAAUCCUCACGGGUGUGAGACUGAUUGGCAUAAGGAGGCGCCGUCACAUGUUCGUGCCAUGACUGAGCAUAUGGCACGCGUGGCACCAGAAACACACGUGGCAAAAAAGGCCCGUAUACUUUAA